AUGCCGACUGAGUUAGAGGAGCUCGUUGAGUUCCUCCACCAUGGAAACACGCAAAUAAGACAGAUAGCUUGCGAACACCUCGUCGGCUACUCUAUAUCCCAACCUUCCCUAUUUAAACAGCAACAGCUCCUACCAAUUCGUGAUCUUAAGCUACUUGCGAGGGAUUACUCUCCCAUUGCGAAAAAUGCACUCACCAUGCUGGUCAACCUUUCGGGGGAUGAUGAAAUUUUAAAGCAGCUUGCUGAAGAUGACGCAUUUCUAGAAACAAUAUUAGCGAAAGUGACCAAUGCAAAGGAACCGAAUGCGAACGAACUCACAAUGCUUCUUGCCAAUAUGGCUAAAUCGGAUAGCUUAAAACGAAUAAUCAGCCUCACGCGAACUGUGCCUACUGGGGUCUCAAACUCUUCGAAGGCGAUGGAUCAGUUGAUGGACUGUUUUGUCAACGGCAAUGAAGGCGGCCUCAACAAGUCGAGCGAAACAAACUACGACUAUCUCGCUUACUUUUUUGCUGAUAUCUCGAAAUAUGAAGAAGGCCGUGCAUAUUUCGUGACGCAGCAAGAAUAUGAUUCGGUAAUUCCUAUCACGAAGCUUACUGUGUUCACAGAACAUCACAGCAACAUUCGAAGAAAAGGAGUCGCUUCGACAAUCAAAAAUGUUGCAUUUGAAAUACCUGCGCAUUCAGACUUAUUAUCGGAGUCGCGAAUCAACUUGCUUCCUUAUAUUCUACUCCCUAUCGCUGGCCCAGAGGAAUUUGAUGAUGAUGAGAGUGCCUCCAUGCUUCCUGAUUUACAACUGCUGCCACCGGAUAAGCAGCGGGAUAGCGAUAAUGAAAUUCUCGUUACCCUUCUAGAAACCCUCUUGCUGCUAACUACGACGUUAGAAGGGCGAAAGAAAAUGAGGGAUGUUCAGGUCUACCCAUUGAUCCGUGAAUGCCACCUACAUGUCGAGGAUGAAGAUGUCAGAGAAGGGUGUGACCGCCUAGUGCAAGUACUCAUGCGUGAUGAAGAGGGCGAAGGUGGAAAAGAUGCUGAGGCAAUGGAGAAGACCAAGUCACAAAUUUUGGAGGAAGGACCUCGCGAGGAUGAGGAGAGCAAAAUUGUGGAGAUUUUUUGA